CAAAUCCAACCGACCAACCUCUCCCUUAUCCCCGCUCGGCGCUCACACAUAAAGAUCCGCCUCCCAAACUGAAACCGCUCCUCCAUCCCUCCUCUUCUCCGAGCCCCUUCUUCCCUUCCCUUUAAUCUCUUAUUAUCCCCUGCCAUCGAAGAAUUAGAGACACCCAUCGGAACCAUAACCCAGUUAUAAGCCCAAAAUGAUAACAACCAACCGGAGGCUCCUCCUAAAUGAGAAAGCCCCGGGUCCGCUCAUCCAGCGGGGGGAGCCCAACGCCACCGCCGCCGCCACCGACUCCCCGGCGCUCCUCCAGUCCAACCCGUCUUCCAUGGCCUUCACGGCGUUUAUCAUCCUCGUCGCGCUCUUCUUCCUCGGCUUCUUCGGCAUCGUCGCCCGCCGCUUCUUCUACGGCAUCCACGUCGAGGACGACCCCCGCCGCCGCCCGGCGGCGGCCUCGUCGCCGCGGCGGUUCCGGGGGAGGUCCUACGCCGCGGCCGCGCGCGGCCUGGACCGGGCGGUGGUGCGGCAGCUGCCGGUGCUGUCGUACGUCGGCGGGGGAGGGAAAGAAGGGUGCGUGGUCUGCCUCGCGGAAUUCGAAGGCAAGGAGAAGGUGAAGCUGAUUCCUGGGUGUGGACACGUGUUCCACCCCCAAUGCAUAGAUUCAUGGCUGAUGUCCAAAGGCUCGUGUCCGAUUUGCCGCUGCUCCGACCUGUUCGGAUCGGGUCUUGGGAGAGGAGCGGUGAGGUUGGAUUUGGUUGUCGGGGAUGGUGGAGAAGAGUUUGGAGUGGACGUGGAGGUGGGGCCAGGGAGGGAAGGGGUGGAGGAGGUGAGGGGGAGAGGAGGCGGCGAGGGGGAGAAGGUGGUGGAGUUGGGGAGGAGCUGUAGUUCUUCCGGUUUGUGGGUAGCGGGGGAGAGGGUGGUGUUCCUGCGGCGCACCUGCAGCUUCUGAGCGAGAAGAUUGUGUCCGUGUCUGUGUUGGUGGGCCCGUCUUUUCAACACGUGUACAGCCAUGCAACAGUAGGUUCUCAUGUUGUAAAUAUCUCUAGGCGGAAGUUUCCAAGGAAAAGAUCGCGUUCCUUCCAAGAUUCUGUAUUGUUUUAUCAUGCUCGUUAGUUUGGACAGUGGAAAUCAGAUUAUUUUCUCGAGUGCAUCAAAAUCUGCCACGUAGCUGAGAUGCACGAAUCCUUCACAA